AAAUUAUUAACUUUCGAUACUAUUCUGUUUUGAAUAAAAGCUUUGGGUUUAGUUAAGAUGAGAUUUUGCUGAGAAUCAAUUUUCAGGGAAUUGGCAGUUUAAUUCUGGACCUUUCAGUUGUAAUACUUGUCGUUAGCUGGGGACAUGUUAGAACUUUUAGGGAUUCAUCUCAAACAAGUACAUAAAUAUAUGUUAAAUUAUUAUUUUUACUUCUGCAAUUGGUUAUAUAUAUGUACUUGAACAUUUUUUGGAUUAUUUUUUAACCAAAUUAUUUUAUGACUUUUGUAUGGGUUGGUUAAAGUUGUUUUACAUACACAAUUUGCUGUGGCCUAUAGUUCCCUAAAUGAUUAGCCUAUUUGAUGAAUUGAUUACAAUCUUACACUGAGUGGUAAAAGCCAUAUGUUAUUCCUCCUAGUUUUCUCAUUACCUAUUUUACCGUGUUUGCAGGAUAAGAUUUCCAAGCUCAGCACCAGAUUAAAACUUUAUGAUUUGUUGGAUUAUGUCGAUACUAGUGAUUCAUCGUAUGAUGCUAUCCCUAACAAAAACUUGAAAAUUGCAGCUUUAGCCAUCUCUAUCACAUUAUUGUCCCUCCCUUUCCUUUUUUUCAAGUAUGUUGACUAUGUCUCAAAUUCAAGAAGAUCGUUUGAGAAUAAUGCAGAGGAAGUAUCUUUAAACAAGCAGCUAGCUUACCGGGUUGACGUAUUUUUAUCAGUCAAUCCAUAUGCUAAGCCGCUGGCCUUGUUGGUCGCUACACUACUAGUGAUUGGUCUUGGUGGGUUAGCACUUUAUGGUGUGACAGAUGAUGGUUUAGCUGAUUGCCUUUGGUUAUCUUGGACAUAUGUAGCCUCCUCAGGGAAUCAUGCAGACUCUGAAGGCAUUGGCCCCAGGCUAGUUUCGGUCUCCAUUAGUUUUGGGGGGAUGCUUAUAUUUGCAAUGAUGCUUGGACUUGUCUCUGAUGCGAUUUCUGAGAAGUUUGACUCACUAAGGAAGGGAAGAAGUGAAGUUGUCGAGCAAAACCAUACUCUUAUCCUUGGAUGGAGUGACAAAUUGGGAUCACUUCUCAAUCAACUUGCCAUAGCUAAUGAGAGCUUGGGCGGAGGAAUAGUUGUCAUCAUGGCUGAACGAGACAAAGAAGAGAUGGAAAUUGACAUUGCUAAAAUGGAGUUUGAUUUUAAGGGAACAUCUGUCAUAUGCAGAAGUGGAAGCCCCCUGAUUUUAGCUGACUUGAAAAAGGUAUCUGUCUCUAAGGCUCGAGCUAUAGUUGUCCUUGCUGACGAUGGGAAUGCUGAUCAGAGUGAUGCUCGUGCAUUGAGGACAGUAUUAAGCCUGACCGGAGUUAAAGAAGGUCUGCGGGGACACAUAGUGGUUGAAUUGAGUGAUCUUGAUAAUGAGGUCCUAGUUAAGCUUGUUGGUGGGGAUCUUGUUGAAACUGUUGUUGCACAUGAUGUAAUUGGUAGACUCAUGAUUCAGUGUGCUCGGCAGCCUGGACUUGCCCAGAUAUGGGAGGACAUCCUUGGAUUUGAAAAUUGUGAGUUCUACAUCAAAAGAUGGCCCCAGUUGGAUGGCAUGCCAUUUGAGGAUGUUUUGAUCAGCUUCCCUGAAGCUAUUCCUUGUGGAGUGAAGGUAGCAUCACAUGGUGGAAAAAUUAUACUGAAUCCUGAUGACUCAUAUAUUCUGCAAGAAGGAGAUGAGGUUCUUGUUAUUGCAGAGGAUGACGACACCUAUGCUCCAUCAGCCCUGCCAAUGGUCAAAGAAGCAAAACACAUACUCAUCGCCCGACCGGCAAGAAAGCCACAGAAGAUUCUACUUUGUGGAUGGAGACGGGACGUUGAUGAUAUGAUUGUGGUGCUAGAUGCCUUUUUAGCGCACGGCUCAGAGUUGUGGAUGUUUAAUGAAGUACCUGAGAAGGAGAGAGAUAAGAAGCUUAUUGAUGGUGGUCUUGACACAAGAAGGCUGAUGAAUAUAUCGCUGGUCAAUCGUGAAGGAAAUGCUGUUAUACGGCGUCAUCUGGAAAGCCUUCCUUUAGAAUCUUUUGAUUCAAUUUUAAUUUUGGCUGAUGAAUCGGUAGAAGAUUCAGCAAUUCAGGCUGAUUCCAGAUCUCUUGCCACAUUACUUCUGAUUCGCGACAUUCAGGCAAAACGUCUUCCAUACAGAGAAUCAAUGGUUACACAAGUUCCCAGGGGUAGCUUCUCACAAGGCUCGUGGAUUGGGGAAAUGCAGCAGGCCUCAGACAAGUCUGUUAUAAUCAGUGAAAUUCUUGAUCCAAGGACCAAAAACCUACUAUCCAUGUCAAAAAUCAGUGAUUAUGUUUUAUCGAAUGAACUUGUUAGCAUGGCGUUGGCCAUGGUUGCAGAGGAUCGCCAAAUAAAUGACGUAUUGGAAGAGCUUUUCGCUGAAGAGGGCAAUGAGAUGCACAUAAGAGGAGCAGCUUUCUACCUCGAAGAUAGUGAGGAAUUGAGUUUUUACGAAGUACUCAUACGUGCACGACAAAGGAGAGAGAUUGUGAUUGGGUACCGUUUAGCUGACACAGAGAAAGCUGUGAUUAAUCCCCCUGCCAAAAACGAGAGGCGGGCAUGGUCACUGAGUGACGUGUUCAUAGUAAUUGCUGAGAAGGAAUGAGUUAAACAUACUGAUGAUCCUAGUCUUUUAUAGCAUCUGAAUGGUGUCAUAUUCUGGAGAUAUAAGAAGACUGUGAAAGCUACUUCAGCGAGAAAUACAUCAUUCUGCAGAUAGAAAUGGAUCGAGGAGUCCCCACGAAAUCAAAGUUGAGGACAGCUCUUCAGCUUGAGAUGAACCGUGAUGGCAGAUGAAGUAGAUAUUGAAUCUACUUUUGAAUGGGGAAUUACUCAGCACUUGUUUCUUGGAUGCAAAGAGCACAUCGACGCCCUGUAAUUUUUAUUCUUGUAUUUCAUUUUUUGUAAAAUUUUAUAGAUCAAUACAACAAAAAAAUGGUUACUCUUUGCUCACCUAUUUAUUCA